GUGCCAUCUACUCGAACAUGUUGCGCGGAGUCAACAGGCUAGCCGUCAGGCCGAAUCGCCUUGCACACACCAACCUACCAGCUUUGCGACGAACCUAUGCUUCGGUAACCGACUUGUCAAACUAUCCCAAGCCCGGAGAUCAAUUACACGGAUUCACCUUGAAGCGUGCCAAACACGUCCCGGAGCUCGAGCUCACUGCUCUCCAAUUCACCCACGAGCGCACCGGCGCCGACUACCUACACAUCGCCAGAGAUGACCAGAACAAUGUCUUCUCCAUUGGCUUCAAGACGAACCCUCCGGAUGCCACUGGAGUCCCCCACAUCCUGGAACACACGACUCUUUGCGGCAGUCAGAAGUUCCCUGUUCGCGACCCCUUCUUCAAGAUGCUGCCGCGAUCCCUCUCGAACUUCAUGAACGCCUUUACCUCGUCCGACCACACCACCUACCCCUUCGCCACGACCAAUGCACAAGACUUCAAGAACCUCAUGGGUGUCUACCUCGAUGCAACCCUACAUCCUCUUCUUCAAGAGCACGACUUUACUCAAGAAGGAUGGCGUCUCGGUCCAGAGAACCCUCAAGCCGAGAACCCUUCCUCCGACGACAUCAUCUUCAAGGGUGUCGUGUACAACGAAAUGAAGGGCCAAAUGUCCGACUCGCAAUACCUCUACUACAUUCGCUUCCACGAGAACCUGUUCCCUGCCAUCAACAACUCUGGUGGCGACCCUCAAAAGAUGACUGACCUAACCUACGAACAACUCAAGAAGUUUCAUGCCGACCACUACCAUCCCAGCAACGCAAAGGUCCUGACCUACGGAAACCUGCCUCUCGCCGACCACNNCUUGGAGUCCAUCGGCAAGGAAUUGGACAGCUUCUCGCGCAUUUCUGUAGAUUCGGACAUCAAGGUCCCUGAUAGCCUCGACAAUGGACCUCGCUCCAUCACUGUCAANGGGCCCCUGGAUCCUUUGAACUCUGCCGAUUCUCAGUUCAAGACUUCUGUUACCUGGCUUAUGGGAGACACUUCCAACGUUCUCGAAAACUUCUCGCUCUCCAUCAUCUCCUCGCUAUUGAUGGACGGUUAUGGCUCGCCUCUCUACCGCAACCUUAUCGAGGCUGGCCUUGGUCCCGACUUUUCACCAAACACUGGCUUCGAUGGGUCUGGCAAGCGCGGUGUUUUCUCUGUCGGUCUUAACGGCGUCAAGCAGGACAACGUGCCCAAGGUCAAGGAAGCCGUCAUGGAAACUCUGCGCCAGGUUAGAGAGAAGGGUUUCGACCAAUCCAAGAUUGAUGGUAUCCUGCAUCAGCUUGAGCUCAGCCUGAAGCACAAGACUGCAAACUUUGGCAUGUCCAUCAUCCAGCGUCUGAAGCCUGGCUGGUUCAAUGGUGUCGAUGUUUUCGAUGCUCUGGCAUGGCAGCAGACGGUUGACACCUUCAAGGCAGAGUGUGCCAAGGGUGGCUACCUCGAGAGCUUGUUAGAGAAGUAUCUGCUUAACGAUAAUACUUUGACAUUUACCAUGGAACCUUCCGCAACCUAUGGUGAGGAUCUUCUCGCAGAGGAGGCACAGAGACUUGCAUCGAAGAAAGCGGAGGCCGAAAAGAUCUACGGCUCGAAGCAGGAGGCCUACGACCAGCUAAAGAAGAGGGAGCUUGAGCUCGUCGAACAACAGAUGCAGGAACAGGACCUGAGCUGCCUGCCAUCUGUUCAUGUUAAGGACAUUCCUCGCACCAAGCCCACUACCGAAACUCGUCAGGACUCUCUUAACAAUGUCAAGGUGCAAUGGAGAGAGGCCCCGACGAACGGUUUGACCUACUUCAGAGCUCUCAGCAUCUUCAAGGAUUUGCCCACCGAGCUGCGCACCUUUGUGCCUUUGUUCUGUGAUGCACUUAUGCGCAUCGGAACCAAGACCAAGUCGAUGGAAGAGAUCGAAGAUCUGAUCAAACUCAAGACUGGCGGCGUGUCAUUCGGAUACCACGCAUGUACCUCCCCUACCAACAUCAAGGCCUGCGAGGAGGGCUUGAGCCUGUCAGGAUUCGCGCUUGAUCAGAAUGUUCCCGCCAUGUAUGACCUGAUCCGAACAAUCAUUCUGGAAACCGACUUCGACGGACCCAAGGCCAAAGCCUCUCUCCGCGAGCUGGUUCAGAGCGCUGCUAGUGGCGGUGUCGAUACCAUCGCAGAGUCAGGCCACGCCUAUGCCAGACGUGUUGCUGAGGCUGGCAUCAGCCCUCACGGAAGUUUGCUAGAGCAGACUGGAGGUAUCAGCCAAAUCAAGCACAUGGUGUCUCUCGCGUCACUAUCCGAGAUUGGUGACGAUAUCAUCCAGCCGCUGAAGGCCAUUCAGCAGCUCAUUGCAGCCAAUGUCUCCAACAUGAGAGUCGCCAUUACUUGCGGUGCCGAGUCUACCAGCAUCAACGAGGUGGCCCUCGAAGGCUUCCUCAGAAAGACUUUCGCAUCAUCGUCCGAGCUUUCAUCUCAGUCUCAGUCAAGUCAGACGUUGACACGCACCGCCAAGUCAUUCUUCCCCCUUCCUUACCAGGUUUACUACUCCGGUCUCGCCCUUCCUACGGUUCCGUACACUGAUGCUUCGGGCGCGCCAUUGGCGGUUCUCGCACAGCUGCUCACACACAAACACCUGCAUCGUGAGAUCCGCGAGCGUGGUGGUGCUUAUGGAGGUGGUGCCUACUCUCGCGCACUGGAUGGUGUGUUCGGGUUCUACUCUUACCGCGACCCCAACCCUGAAAAUACCAUCAAGGUAUUGGACAAUGUUGGCAAGUGGGCAGUGGACAGAGAGUGGAGUGACCGCGAUCUCGAGGACGCCAAGUUGUCUGUCUUCCAGGCACUCGACGCUCCUAGAAGCGUCAGUGAGGAGGGCAUGACCAGAUUCGUUAGCGGUGUGACUCCAGACAUGGAGCAGACACGACGACAGCAGCUUUUGGAUGUGACGCAAGAGCAGGUGCGCGAUGCUGCAGAACAAUUCUUGGUGAAUGGCAUGUCCAACAGUAGCAUGGCUGUUCUCGGCGCACGCAAGAGCUUUGUGGACGAGGCACAAGGUUGGAAGGUGCAGGAAAUUGGGCUGGGCGGUGGUGCUGCAGCUGAAGUUGAGGCCGAGGCAGAGGUUGCUGCAGCGGCAGCGGAAGCUGCGACGCGUCUUCUCCUGACGCGGGCGGCCAGCUCUCACACUUUCUUCUGGUCAUGCACACUGUUGCAACAAAUUGCAUUGCGAUAUGGCGCCUUCAAAUUCGGUCGAUGCGCUAUUACAGNUCUCCCUCGUUUCGAUGUCCGAUUGAAGACAGAAACUGACCAGAUCCAAAGGAACGAGGAAUACCAGACCCUCGAGCGCACACGGUCGUCAUACAAUCCCCUCCGAUCAUUCCAUCUAGCAAAAGGCGAACAAAAGCAUUACCAACAACAAUAUGCCGACAUGUACUUUGCCCGACUGGCCGUUCUCAAACCUACCGUAGAACGCAUUGCCAGCGAAGCAUGGGAUGGCUUCGAGAUUGGCGGAGAUGAGGUACACAAAGUCGAUCGAGUGUUAGACGUCCGACAAGGUGAGCUGGUCUGGGUAGCCGGCACCGUCUACAUAGAGAUGCCACUCAAGCCCAACAUUCUCGACGACAUUUCGAAACAUUUUACCUCUGGAGAAAGCGAUCAAAUCAUGCUCGAAGACGAAUCCGGUCGACUACGCUUGACGGGCAGUUUCCUGAGCUCAUGUCUGCUAGUAACUGGGUGCAUCGUAGCCGUCAUGGGCACAGAAAAUGCCAAUGGUGACUUCGAAGUCAUCGACCUGAAAAUACCCGAGCUGGCACCACAAUUCGAACGUUGGUCCCUAGGCCAAAGCGGCGGCGCAAGCAAAAGAAGGUUGAAAAGAAGGAGAAGGCUGGCAAGGUUGCUAUUNGUCUCGACACUAGGUGUCAGUGGUGACUCUGGCGACACGAUGGCUCUAGACAUGCUUGUGGAAUAUCUCCUCGGCGAGUCGGCUUCCCCCACCGAGCAAGAGAAGAUCUCGAGCAUCUCACGACUUUUGAUUGCUGGUAACUCUCUGUCCUCGGCGAACCCCGUCCCAAAUGCAGAAGAAGUGGCAAUCAAGAAGCCUUCUGCCGUCAAAAAAUAUGGCUACGACGCUUCCUCCUACAAUCCUGCCCCAACCGAUCGCCUGGACUCUCUGCUGGAAUCACUUCUACCAUCAAUACCCAUUACUUUGAUUCCUGGAGAACAAGACCCUACCCAUACAUCGUUACCCCAGCAACCCAUGCACUCCGCCCUGUUUCCAAAAAGUAGAGCAUACAUGGCUGCGCCUAAUUCAGAAGAAUCGGCCUGGUUCGACACUGUCACAAAUCCCUGGGAAGGCGACGUGGAUGGCUGGAGAGUUCUCGCUACUGGCGGUCAGCCGAUUGAUGAUGUCUUCAAAUACAUCGAAGGCGACGACCGACUGGAGAUGAUGGAAGCAACAUUACGCUGGAGACUGUGCGCACCCACCGCUCCAGACACACUAUGGUGCUAUCCUUUCCAAGACAAAGAUCGCUUCGUCAUCGAGGCUACACCGCACGUCUACAUUGUAGGCAAUCAGCCUCGAUUCCAGUCCACUGUUGUUGAAGGACCUGAUGGCCAGAGCUGCCGAAUCAUCUCUGUGCCACGCUUCAAGGACACUAGCGAGUUGCUUCUACUGGACAUGGAGACGCUCGAGGUAGAAGUUGUCAAGUUUGGUGUUUACCAGCAGACU